AUGAAUCUAUAUAUCAAUACAAAUGAUGAGUUGGAAAAGUAUAUAAAGCUUGAGAACAAGCUCACAUUGUUCUUAUGUGCACAUUGGUGUCCUCCUUGUAGGGUAAUGACACCUAUCUUUGGAGCAUUGGCAGAGGAUGCCAAGUACUCCAAUAUCAAAUUUGCAAAGGUUGACAUUGAUCAAUUCAAGGACCAUCCAGUUGUGCAGAAGAUACCAGGUGUACCAACAUUUAUCACAUACUUAAAGGGGGAGCAACAAUCGAUGUUCUCUGGUCCUGACCCAAUGCAGUUAAAGUUGACAUUGGACUAUCUGGCGCAGAGCUAA